AUCGAAUUAUUAUGUGGAGUGUGUGCAGAACAUUAGAUCACUAAUAAUAAAAAGGGAGAAGAUUCCUCUUGUGUGUCGCACUUGUCCAGUGGUAUUUGGAUGUAUAUGUGCGCACGGAUUAAGGACUCCGAUUUUUACUAAAGGAAGAAAAUCAUCGAGGCAGUUAAAAAACAAAAUGACGGAAAUAAUUACCUUAGGAUGGAUCGACUAUCUAGUUAUAGCGGUGACGUUAUGUAUAAGUGCAGGAAUUGGUAUUUAUUACAGAUUUAGUGGAGGACGUCAAAAAACUAUACAGGAAUACUUUAUUGCAAAUCGAUCAAUGAGUAGCGUACCAGUUGCUAUCGCCAUUGUAGCAUCUACUGUAUCUGCAUCCGGACUGCUAGGUAUAUCCAGUGAGACUUACACAUACGGGAUGCUAUAUGUUGUAACAAAUCUAUCGUAUUUGCUGGGCACUUUGAUUGUAUGUUAUGGAUUCUUACCAGUAUUUUACAAUCUGCAGACGACAACCAUCUACGAGUACUUAGAAAGGCGUUUCGGAGUAAGAGCUAGGAUGAUGAUUAGUUUCAUUUUCUGGAUUCAACUGCUAUUGUACUCAGGAGUGGUGCUUUAUGCUCCUUCUCUAGUCUUGGAGACGACUACAGGAAUUUCCAAGAUUUUCAGUAUUAUCAUCAUUGGCCUUGUGUGUGCCUUCUAUUCCAGUAUAGGUGGCAUUAAAGCUGUGUUAACAACCGACGUAUUUCAAAUUUUACUUAUGUUCGCCGCCGUGUUUUUAAUUAUUGGCUCAGCAGCAAAUGAUGUCGGAGGAUUGGAACGGAUAUGGGAAAUCGCGAGGCAAGGGCAACGCCUCGAGUUUGAUAGUAUUGAUUUAGAUCCAACAGUAAAACAUACCUGGUGGUCCAUUAUACUGGGAGGUUUCUGUACAUUUUUAAUACGUUUCGGAGUGAACCAAGUACAAAUACAGCGUAUGGUAACUGUUAAAAAUAUGCAGUCUUCACAAAGAGCUAUAUGGCUGUCUUUGCUCAUUUUGAUAAUAAUUGUGACUGCAAGUUGCUUCUUAGGAUUGGCGAUGUACAGCAGAUACCACAAUUGCGAUCCGCUUCUCCAGAAAAGAAUUACUUCGCCUGAUAUGCUUAUGCCAUUGUACGUUGUAGACACGAUGUCUAAUAUAUCUGGUUUACCAGGCCUUUUUGUGGCAGGUAUCUUUAGUGCAAGUCUUAGCACGAUUUCUUCGAUAAUAAAUUCUCUGGCGGCCGUAAUGUUGGAGGAUUUUCUAAAACCUUUAUACAGAAAGUAUAUUGGGCAUGAAUUCUCUCCUACAAAAUCAGCUUUCAUCGCUAAAGUGCUCGCUUUUACGGUCGGCAUUUUUUCCAUUGUCCUAGCAUUUUUAGCGCAAUUUUUUGGCGGAUUAUUUCAGGCUUUCUACAUUAUUAUGGGAAUAACUGGCGGUCCAUUGUUAGGCAUUUUCACACUUGGCAUGGGAACAGAAUCGACGACGGAAACUGUGUUAACAACCGACGUAUUUCAAAUUUUACUUAUGUUCGCCGCCGUGUUUUUAAUUAUUGGCUCAGCAGCAAAUGAUGUCGGAGGAUUGGAACGGAUAUGGGAAAUCGCGAGGCAAGGGCAACGCCUCGAGUUUGAUAGUAUUGAUUUAGAUCCAACAGUAAAACAUACCUGGUGGUCCAUUAUACUGGGAGGUUUCUGUACAUUUUUAAUACUUUUCGGAGUGAACCAAGUACAAAUACAGCGUAUGCUAACUGUUAAAAAUAUGCUGUCUUCACAAAGAGCUCUAUGGCUGUCUUGGCCUAUUCAGACACUUCUUAUGACUGCAAUUUGCUUCUCAGGAUUGGCGAUGUACAGCAGAUACCACAAUUGCGAUCCGCUUCUCCAGAAAAGAAUUACCUCGCCUGAUAUGCUUAUGCCAUUGUACGUUGUAGACACGAUGUCUAAUAUACCUGGUAUACCAGGCCUUUUUGUGGCAGGUAUCUUUAGUGCAAGCGUUAGCACGAUUUCUUCAAUGAUAAAUUCUCUGGCGGCCGUAAUGUUAGAGGAUUUUCUGAAACCUUUAUAUAGAAAGUAUAUUGGGCAUGAAUUCUCUUCUACAAAAUCAGCUUUCAUUGCUAAAGUGCUCGCUUUUACGGUCGGCAUUUUUUCCAUUAUUCUAGCAUUUUUAGCGCAAUUUUUUGGCGGAUUAUUUCAGGCUUUCUACAUUAUUAUGGGAAUAACUGGCGGUCCAUUGUUAGGCAUUUUCACACUUGGCAUGGGAACAGAAUCGACGACGGAAAGUGGUGCGAUAAUCAGUUUUUUCGUGGCGUUUUCAUUUUUAGUCUGGGUCGCCUUCGGACAACCCCGCCCGACAUCACCUAAAUUGCCAACUAUUAUCGAUGGCUGUGAUAAUAAUGUUACAAAUAUGACAAUGUCCGUUUUACAGAACGUCACGAACUUUUCUAAAAGCACUGGCGACAGCUCAUACUUCUAUUUAUAUCGCAUUUCGAGUUUGUGGUAUCCGCCCAUCGGAUUCUUAAUAACGUUUUUGCUUGGAAUGCUUGUCAGCAAUUUGUCUGGUUUAUUUAUUAAGAAUCAAAAUAACGAGUUAGACAUUAAUUUAUUCUUUCCCGUGAUAGCGCGGCGUAUAUGUUCUAGACGGCGUAACGACAUUGCGAUUGAAAAAAGUUCUUCGUUAGACAGAAGGUAUUCUGUCAGCGAUGUAAUUCACGAGAAAGACAAUGCUGCGGAUAAAAUUGAUACAAAACUCUCAAUUUAAAAAUCUUAGAUAGGGAUUAGACAUUUCGUAUUUAUAAUCGAAAUUUACGUUUGGACCAAAAUUGCAAUAAGGUAAAAGCAUGGAAUAAAGAUUACUAUUUAUAACAAAUAUGGGUAUAUACUACUGAGCGGCAAUGUGUACGUCAGUCUGAUUAUUCGAGUAAAAAUGCAUUACACAAA